GUCCAUUCCCUUUCUCUGUCUCAAACUCAAAAGCAAUCAGCCACCACUCCAUUUCUACCCUUUUUCUUCCUCCGCCACGUGUCCCCCCUAACAAAUGGUGUUUCUGUAUGUGUGUAUAUAUAUAUACACAUUGCGGCUUCAUCACAUCCCUCGAAUUUAGCACCUCAUCCAUAUUCCUUCUUCUUGUUCUUCUUUGGAUUGCCAUGGAUCAUGCGGCAGAUGCUCAGAGGACGGACUUGAUGACCAUUACUAGGUUCGUCUUGAAUGAGCAAUCCAAGUACUCUGAAUCGCGUGGGGAUUUCACGAUUUUGCUUAGCCAUAUUGUUCUUGGCUGCAAGUUCGUCUGUUCUGCUGUUAAUAAGGCAGGUUUAGCCAAACUUAUUGGACUUGCUGGAGAGACCAAUGUUCAGGGUGAAGAACAAAAGAAAUUGGAUGUGCUCUCAAAUGAAGUCUUUAUCAAGGCUUUGGUCAGCAGUGGUAGAACUUGUAUCCUUGUUUCUGAAGAAGAUGAAGAACCGACAUACGUCGAGCCAUCUCGGCGUGGAAGGUAUUCUGUGGUGUUUGAUCCAUUGGAUGGAUCCUCCAACAUUGAUUGUGGGGUUUCUAUUGGAACGAUUUUUGGAAUCUAUCAGUUGAACGACAGCCAUGAACCUAACCUAGAAGAUGUCUUGCAACCUGGAAAGAAUAUGGUUGCAGCAGGCUAUUGCUUGUAUGGCAGCUCUUGCACGCUUGUUUUAAGUACUGGAACUGGUGUUAAUGGAUUCACUCUUGACCCUUCUCUUGGAGAGUUCAUCUUAACUCACCCGGACCUUAAGAUUCCAAAGAAAGGAAAAAUAUAUUCAGUGAAUGAAGGAAACGCGAAGAACUGGGACGGUCCGACCGCAAAGUAUGUAGAGAAGUGCAAGUUUCCUACAGACGGAUCGUCCCCCAAGUCUUUGAGAUAUGUUGGAAGCAUGGUAGCUGAUGUCCAUCGUACAUUGCUUUAUGGUGGUAUAUUUUUGUACCCUGGUGACAAGAAGAGCCCCAAUGGCAAAUUGCGUGUGUUGUACGAGGUUUUUCCGAUGGCGUUCUUGAUAGAGGAGGCAGGAGGUCAAGCGUUCACCGGAAAAAUAAGGGCACUUGAUUUGGUUCCAAAGAAGAUACAUGAGAGAUCUCCCAUAUUUCUUGGUAGCUAUGAUGAUGUUGAAGAGAUCAAAGCUUUGUAUGCUGCUGCUGAGAAUGGAGGAAGGAAUGAAUGAAUGAAUAACUUCAAAAUUUACCACUUCUAGUUGAUGUUGGCUUCAUUGCAUUUGUGGCCAUACAAUUCUAAUGUCUUGUUCAUUCUUCUUACUUCUUUAAUGUUAAUGAAUGCAUAAAAUGUGGACAUGCGAACGAUUUCAUUCGCUUCGAUUAUCUUUAAGUUGUUCUUGACGGUAA